GGAUGAUAAGACCCAACGCUUCUUCGAUCAGACGGUCACCGACCUCCCCUUCUUCCUCACCCUCGAGCCGACCGAUCGUCCCCCGGCGUCUCGUCGCCACCGCUCCUCUGCACAUUUCGAUGUGAUGGAGACGGGGUACGAUUUCAUUCUCGGUACUCCAUGGUCUCGUCGGUUUCGCAGCAUCAAGGCCGAUUGGGCGACCAACACUCUCGUUCUCAAAACAAAGUGUGGACAGACAUAUCGUGUACCUUUCAUAGGUACCACUGCGACACCACGCCCCGAUCCUCCUCCCCCAGAGCCUUCUAUGCCCACACCACCUCCUACGAUCACUGUCACCUCGCCUGGGCAGUUCGCCCACUUCAUCCGACACGACGACGUCACCUUCUUUAUGGUGAACUUUACGGAUCUCUUACAUUAUGAUCCACCCUCUCCCGACGCGGAGCUCAUCCCUCUAGAGCCAGAUCCUCCUUCUAUCUCCACGACUCCCAUCUCUAUUUCCUACCCUCCGUCGUUCGUCAAGUCCAUCCCGCCAUCGCGCGCUGAUGCUGACGUUGAGGAACUCGCACGAUAUACGGCUGACCUGGAGCCCACAAUUCAUGACCUCAUUCGAGAGUACCACGAUGUUUUCUCAUCGCCGUUCUCGUACGCCGGCAUCCCACCGAUGCGCGACGUCGAGCACUCCAUCCAGCUUGUGCCUGACUAUCGUGUUCACCACAAGGCACCCUACAAACUCUCGAUCCCCGAGGCCACUGAACUCAAGCGUCAGCUUGAGGAGCUCCUGAGACUAGGUUUCAUUAAACCCAGCAACUCUCCGUGGGGUGCACCCGUCCUCUUUGCUCGCAAAGCGGAUGGAACUCUCCGUCUCUGCAUCGACUAUCGCGGUCUCAACUGCUAUUCGGUUAAGAACAGCUACCCCAUGCCUCGUUCCGACGAGCUGUUCGACCACCUAGCAGGCAACCGCUUCUUUACGAAGAUUGAUCUUUGUAGCGGUUACAAUCAGAUCCACGUCGCUGCAGAGGACCAGCCGAAGACAGCGUUCCGAGCGCGCUUCGGCCACUACGAGUUUAUGGUGAUGCCAUUCGGCCUCGACAACGCACCCGCUACCUUCCAGAGGGCAAUGAACGACAUCUUCAGGGACAUCCUGGAGCAGUACGUUCUCGUCUACCUCGACGAUAUCCUGGUCUACAAUCGUACCCUUGAGGAGCAGCUCAGACACCUCCGCGACGUCCUUGACCGCUUGCGCAGACAUGGGUCUCCACAUGGGCUUCUACGCCAAGCUGAGCAAGUGCCGCUUUGCCCCACACAAACUGGAUUUCUUAGGACACUACGUGUCUGACCAGGGUCUCCACAUGGACGACG